AUGGAGCCUCAUCAUACACCAGCCCAGAACCGGGCAGCUCUGGAGGAAUUCGUCCGACAACCUGUACGGUCCUACAUGAUCCAGUAUUUGGCAACGCAAGCCUCACAGGUCAUUCGAUGUGAUCCUGAGCCUACACCAGCAGAUGGCCUUCUCACUCCUCCUUCAACACCACCCCAGAGAUCUUCGCCAGAAGUCGGCCUUCCUCUCCUACCAUCACUGGAACAAUUCAUCAGCUCAUUGGUCCACAAGUCAUCCGUCCAAGUCCCCACUUUGAUGACCUCCCUGGUCUACCUUGCCCGUCUUCGGUCCAGACUGCCUCCUGUCGCCAAGGGUAUGAGAUGCACAGUCCACCGCAUCUUUCUGGCAUCCUUGAUUUUGGCCGCCAAGAACUUGAACGACUCCAGCCCCAAGAACAAACACUGGGCCAGAUACACUUCGGUCAAGGGCUUCGAAGGAUUUGGAUUUGGACUGGCAGAGGUGAACUUGAUGGAGAGGCAGAUGCUUUACCUUCUGGACUUCGACUGCAGGGUAACCGAGCAAGACCUCUUCGACCAGUUCGAGCCCUUCCUCGCUCCAAUCCGCUUUCAAUUGGAGCUUCAGCAAGAGGAGGCAGAGCUUGCUCUCCACCAGAAACAGUGGCACUCUUACCAGAGCUCAUACGAUUCCAACAUCUCAUUGCCACCCCCGGCACGCAGAGAGCACAUCCUUCCCAGUAUGGCAACACCACCUCCGCGGGUUGCAGGCGUCUCCGACUCUCCAGCUUCAUACGUCGACGACGAUGUCGCUUGUGGAAGAUAUCCACGUCACAAAGCCAACAACAGCUCCUUGUCACUACCUCCUCCAAGCCACAGACGCUGGCCUUCGCCAUUCCGCCACUACAACAGCGGCCGAUCUGUAUCGCCACCAUCGAUCCGGGAUCUUCCUCCCCUCGUCUCCUCGAGCAGACCUGGAACAAUGCACAGCCACUCGAGCUCGCGAUCGUCCUCAGUAGCGCCCUCAAUGCGAUCAAGAUCAUCUUCCCUUGCACCCACCAGCCGAGGCACACCAUAUACUGCCUCAUCCAACGUUGACGACAGCAUCGUGGUGGUCGACCUCACGGAAAGCCCCGAUGCUUCCUACCACAGUGCCUACGGCAAGACGAUGACAGCAAGCAGACCUAGCCUAAAGGGCCAUCAGACCAGCUUCACUGGCGAAAGCCAACAGCCAUCUAAGAAGGUCAAGGCUGACUCCACUGUGGGCGGUGUGAUCGGUAGAAUCUUCAGCACAGCUGCCAACAACUACAGAAUGGGAAGAACACCUGUGCAGGUAGCUUAG